CCCUUUCAGUGACACAACGAGGGAAGGGGUGUGGGGGAAAGACGCUGAAUUGGGGCUUUCUCUCCCCCUCUUUUAUUAUCAUCAGUCGUUGCCCUUUCUCAAAAGGAAACGCAAAGGCUGAGGAGAUUCCCAAGGAAGGGGAGCUGCUGUUUAACUGGAUUUAUUGUCGGCGUGGGGUUUUGCGGGGGGCGUGGGGUUCAGCGGAGGGUCAGGGAGCGCAGGCAGCUCCUCCUCCUGGCUCUCUUCUCCGAGCCCAAAUCUCCUCCUCCUCUUUUCUGCUCCCCACCAAUGACCAUUUCAAAAUGGCUGGGAUCCCUUUGUAUUUUGUGGAUUUGCAGGAUGACUUAGAUGAUUUUGGGUUUGAAGACUAUGGACCAGAUUGUGAUAGCAUGAGGAUAACUGCAUUCUUGGACAUUCCAGAACAGGAUAACUUGGCUCCACUUGCACGUCUGGAAAAAUAUGCAUUUAGUGAUAAUAUAUUUAACAGGCAAAUCAUUGCCAGAGGUCUACUUGAUGUCUUUCGAGAUUUCAGUCAUAAUGAAGAAGAUUACUUGACAGUAAUGGCGAUAGUGGUCCGGCUGGCUGAAGAUACAGAGCCUACUGUACGGACAGAACUAGUGGAGCAGAUACCCCCCAUUGCCAUUUUCCUACAGGAUAGUAGGCCAAACUUUUCCACAGCCUUUUCUGAAUAUCUUAUGCCCAUUAUGGUGAGAUAUCUCACAGAUCCAAAUAACCAGGUUAGAAAAGCAAGCCAGGAUUCCCUGUUGAUACUGCUGGAACAAGGUCUCGUUGGUCAAUAUGAUAUUGAAAACAAAGUGUGUCCAAUUCUGUUAGAUCUCUCUGCUGCCGAUAGUGACGAUGAAUACAAAGUGGAGGCUGUAAAUAUAAUCUGCAAAAUGGCUUCUAUGGUGAACAAAUCUACUGUUGAACGGUUUCUGCUUCCCCGAUUCUGUGAGCUCUGUGGUGAUGGGAAACUCUUUCAAGUACGGAAGGUUUGUGCAGCAAACUUUGGUGACAUUUGCAAUGCUGUUGGGCAAGAAGCCACAGAAAAGAAUUUGAUUCCAAAGUUUUUUGAGCUGUGCUCUGAUAGUGUUUGGGGUAUGCGGAAAGCAUGUGCUGAAUGCUUUAUGGCUGUCUCCUACACCAUUUCACCUGAAGUUCGGAGGAGCAAGCUGUCUCCCCUCUUCAUUAGUCUCAUCAGUGACCCUUGCAGAUGGGUUCGUCAAGCUGCUUUCCAGUCCCUUGGGCCAUUUAUUUCUACUUUUGCAAACCCAUCCAGUGCUGGUCUUUAUAUUCGGGAGGAUGGAACACUUAGUAUCCGGCCUUCCAGUCCAUGUCUAACAGACAACAAUGCAAGCAUCAUACCAUCCAGUUCAGAGGAGCCAGUGGAAAAUAAAUUGGAAUCACUGACGGAGGGGACUGCUAGCUACACAUCUUGUUCUGAGAAUUCAAAUUUGGACGCACGAGAAGGAAGUUCAGUCAUAUAUGUUAACUUUGGAGUAGAUCAAACUAUAUUGACUCUGAGUGACAAUGUUGAUCCUUAUGUGACUAAGGAUGUUAAAGAAUGUCCAAUCAACAAUUAUCAGGAAGUGAACUCAAGGGUCCAAUCAGCAGAGGAUGUGUUUAAUACUUUCUUAUAUUGGCGUCCUCCUCUCCCUGAUAUAAGUCAGGAUCUAGAACUGCUUCAGUGCAAAACUGAGAUACAUGAAGAAAACUGCUUGGCGUCAGAAGUUCUUUGUAAUAACUGUGUUGCCAGCAGUGAAAUCAAAAAAGUUCUGAAAAGUUUGCAGGAGCACAUGGACGACCCAGAUGUUCAAGCUCAGGUUCAAGUACUGUCUGCUGCACUUAGAGCUGCUCAUCUUGAUUCUGUUGGUGACUAUGAGAUCAAGCAGAAUGAAGAAGUUAAUGGUACCUACCCAGAAGAUGCACCUAGUUUGGACUUUGAUCCCAAUUCAGUGAAUGAGUGCUCCUUGUCAUCUUUGCCAAGCCAGGGUGAGGCAAUUAACCCAUCCAGUCCAACUGUGAAAACAAUUAUGGACUCAGAAGAGCAACACAGUGGGGCCCACAAAGCUUUACAGACAGAAAAGAAUGAUUCACCUCAUGAAGAAGAUAAAUCAAAAUUACAGGAUAUCAUACCUCAGCCUUUAUUGGACCAGUACUUAUCUAUGACGGACCCUGCUCGAGCACAGACGGUUGAUACUGAAAUUGCAAAGCACUGUGCAUACAGUCUUCCUGGUGUGGCUUUAACACUGGGUAGGCAGAAUUGGCAUUGCUUGAAAGACACAUAUGAGACCUUGGCAUCGGAUGUACAGUGGAAAGUGCGUCGGACACUUGCUUUCUCUAUUCACGAGCUGGCUGUUAUUUUGGGAGAUCAGCUAACGGCAGCAGAUCUAGUGCCUAUUUUCAAUGGCUUCUUAAAAGAUCUGGAUGAAGUGCGCAUUGGAAUCCUUAAACAUCUUUAUGACUUUCUUAAGUUGCUUCAUGCUGACAAAAGACGAGAGUACCUUUACCAGUUGCAAGAAUUUGUGGUUACAGAUAACAGCAGGAAUUGGCGAUUUCGUUAUGAACUUGCAGAGCAACUCAUUUUGAUACUAGAGCUCUAUAAUCCCAAUGAUGUGUAUGACUACUUAAGGCAUAUUGCACUAACACUCUGUUCAGAUAAAGUUUCUGAAGUCAGGUGGAUCUCCUUCAAAUUGGUUGUGGCAAUAUUACAUAAAUUUUAUGCAAACAGUGCAAACUCUCUGGGUUUAAAUUUCAUUAAUGAGUUGAUUGUGAGAUUCCGGCAUUGUUCCAAGUGGGUUGGAAGACAAGCAUUUGCCUUCAUCUGCCAGGCAGUGGUUGAAGAGGAAUGCAUGCCUGUUGACCAUUUUGUUGAACACCUGUUACCCAGCCUUCUAAGUCUGGCUUCUGAUCCUGUGCCAAAUGUCAGGGUUCUGCUUGCUAAAGCUCUGAAGCAAACAUUGUUGGAGAAAGUAUACUUUAGAAGCGUUGGCAACCCUCACCUUGAAGCCGUUGAAGAGACUGUCCUAGUUCUGCAGGCGGACAGGGACCAGGAUGUUUCCUUUUUCGCCACCGUCAAACCAAAACACAAUAACAUGCACAUUACUGCACUUGAGAAACAAAAUUAACUUCAUUUGUCUGUGUGGACCAUGAAACGAUUACUCAGCUAACAGGUUCCUGCUUUGGCAACUAACCUGGGAGAAGACUGCAUCGAGCAACCAAUGCAACCCAAGAGAAAAGGGCUUGUGUAUUAAUUCUGUCAUUUAAAUGAGGAACAUCUUGAACUUUUAUCUACAAACUGAUAUAGAAUACCCACUAAUCGUCCCAUUUUUGUUUUUUUCUUUCAAGAAUGUGGGUGGAAACACUCAUCUCUACAAAAAGCAUUGUAUGUAGUUGCUUGUGUGAAAUUGCACGCUUUCACAGCUUCAGCAUCAUCCCAAGUAACGGAAAUAUGCUUUUCUAAAUAUGCUGACUCCAAGAAAAGGGAAGGCAAUUAAUUGUGUGACUACCAAUUCAGAGUGGGCUCACAGAGCUACAUAGUAAACAUAAAAACUGUGGACACUCAGCCAUUUUGUUGUAAAUUGUUAAUGGUUAGGCAUUUUAUUAAAUCAUUUCAUUCAAAGUGUACAUAUGAGGUCCUGAAAGUUGGCAAAGAAUUCAGAAAACUUGAAUCCAUAUCUGUAACUUGUUUAAAAAAAAUACAGCUUUUGUUAGAGCAAAAGUAAAUUUUUAUUUUCCCCCUCAGUAGGUGGUGACAUUUUUAAGACAACAGAGGGCUUUACUUCAUGAACUGUAGCAUUUUUAGUUUGUGCGUGAGUGUGUAGAACUUUAUAGUGGUGGAUUUUCUUUCUUGCAAUUAACUUUCUGCUAGAGUUAUAUAUAUUAAUGUAAGCUGCAGUUCUCAAACAACUAAGUCUGAAGUAGUUCUUGUAUUUUUGUUGGGCCUACUUCAAGGUAAGUGGUUUGAGGCUUGUGGUUAUAGAUUGUUAGGCCUUCAAUGCUGGAAGGUUCUGUAAAGUCUGUUACGGUCUGAGAAAUACACAUUCUCCUUGGGAGAUGUAAAAUGAAGGUAAGGAUAUGAACACAGAAACUCUUUCGCUUUUUAUGUGAGUUGAAAGUUCAGAGCUCUGAGAAUCUGGGUUUCUGUACUCUGGAAAAUGAGAAUUGUUCUAUUUCUGAAGGUCAGUGGAAAUUUCAGUACAACAUGUGGUGUCCAGCCUGUUGACGUUUUUGGGUUGGAUACACAGAGCUGUGCAUGACCUUAUCUGCCCACAUGGAGGCUUUGUAGCCACCUCGUUCCAACUGCAUCCUCAAAAAUCUCAUUCUGAAGGUUGGGGGACUCUCUCGAGCAGCAUAUCCUAUUUGGUGUGGGGACCAACUACCAGAAGAGAAACCCAAUAAACCUCUUUCUGUGUGUGGAAUCGUGUUGCAUGUGUCCACAGAUCUCUCUGGAUCCCCACUAUUCUGGUUAAUGUUGCAAAAUAUGAUUAGAGUAACACAGUGUAACUAUUGCCUUGGACUGGAUAUAAAUCACUGAAAAUAUAAAAGAGAAAGGGGGAAAGAGGAGGAUCAGUGUAAUUGUAUACAACAUUACAUGCAACAGUCUUGGAAAAUUAAUGAAACCCACUGCAUUGAGGGCUGAUUCACAUUGUGUUCCUAGUUGCAGGAUCGUUCCCAUGAGUUCGAUCUCUGGAUACCAUGAAAACAUAAAUCUGUAAAUACAUGAUAAACACAACAUCUCUAGAGGCUACAGAGUCCAGAAACCCAGAUUAAACUGUAUGUACAGAAGCAAAUUAUGUAUAUGACAUAGGUGUUCAUCAGGGUUUAUUCAGGGGAGUGAUCGCUGCUGGAAUCAAAUGUUUAUUUGUGAUUUGGCCACAAAUAGAAAUGUUCUGCAGUACAGUCUUAACAGUUAUGAAACAGUAUCCAAGUUUCUUUACUUGAAUAUGCAAGCCUUGCAGCACAAUUAUGCACGCAUUCAGCUUGGAAGUAAGCCCCACUGAACUACAUGAUAAUUACUUCCAAGUAGACAAGACUUAAGAUUGUGCUGUCAGGAGUUUAAAUGCAGAAAACCUCACAGGAAACACUGUCACCUUUGACUAAGGUGGAAUGUGUUAUAGAGAAACAAAAAUCUCAUUUAGCACCAAGCAAAUAUAUUCCAUUUAGCAUUUGUAUGGUAUCUAGAUAGGCCAUAACUUUGGUCUCUCAAAUAUCUUUGUUCCAUUAUGUGGUUGUAUUUUCUGAAUUGUGAGCUUGUUUCCUGAUAUGUUUCCUCAGUUUUUUAAAAAUGGUUUAAUUUGCCACAAUUGCCUGCCAAAUUCUGGGCAUAAUCUUAUGAAAGAUUGUGCUCCAGAUUGCAAUACAGUGUUUAGCGUUUAUAGUAACGUUAUCUCCUUUACAAGAUCCUAAAAUGCUUUUAGAAAGAAUCUAGAAAUGUGUCCUUGCUAUUUCAGUACAAAACGUUUAAACUCUGUGAAUUCUGCAAGGUGGUUCUACACUUAAAUGUUUUAGUAAGUUUAAAACAAAAUGCCUCUUCAAUGCAAAUGAUUUUUUAUGACUGCAAUUUCUCAGCAAAAAUGUCAUUUUUUGUAGUUUUAAUAUCUUUUUCUAAUGCUAACAUACAAGUGUUUUUUAAUGUUUCAAAUUUUUCUAAAAUUGUUCUAACCAGUUUUUGUUUUUAUUGACCAUUGCAGGUCAUUAAAAAAAUUUUCAGCA